UUGAUUUUUGGACGGCCAAGCUCACAUGCAUUUCUUCUGAAAUAAAUUAGUGAAUGGAGUAAUUAAUUAGCUAGGUCUAUAAUUGGUUGACUUUUUAUGAGUGAUCAAAUACCUUUGACUUCUUAAUUGAUUUUCUGUUGUUCUUAAUAAGUCAUCUUCCCCAUGCAAAGGAGUAUAAAUUUGGCAUAGUUUCUUAGCUAAUUAACACUCCAAAUAUUCUUUUGUUAAGUUGUCUAUUCUCUUUUCCAAUGGCUCUUUCUUUGUUAAGCCUAAUCAACUUUCCUUGUUCUUUCUCCUUAUCAAUCUUUUUCAUAAUUGUCCUUUCCAUUCUAUUGAAACAUUACAAAGGCUAUAAACACAUUACCAAAAAGAAACUUCCACCUGGAGAAAUGGGGCUUCCAUGGAUUGGUGAAACCAUAGAAUUUUACAAAGCCCAAAAAAAGAACAAAUUAUUUGAAGAAUUUGUUCAGCCCCGGAUGGAAAAAUAUGGAAAGACAUUCAAAACAAGACUAAUGGGAUCACCAACAGUAGUGGUAUGUGGAGCAGAAGCUAAUAUGUUCUUUUUGUCUAAUGAAUUCAAAUUGGUAAUAAGUUCAUGGCCUACUUCUUCAGUUGAGCUAAUGGGCAAGAAUUGUAUUAUGGAGAAACAAGGAGAGGCGCAUCGACGCCUUCGUGGGAUUAUAUCUUCAAGUCUUGCCUCUUUUAGUCUAGAUGCUAUGGUUCCUAAAAUUUGUAACACAAUUCAAUCUCACUUAGACAAGAAUUGUAAUGGCCAAGACCAGAUCAUAAAACUUUAUCACCUGACCAAAUGUUUGACGUUCAAGAUUGUGUUUGAGUGUUUUUUGGGAAUAGUAGUCAAACCAGGAUUACUUGAAACGUUUGAGAGAGUAUUGGAAGGUGCUUUUUCACCUCCAUUUAAGUUUCCAGGAUCUAAGUUUUCAAGGGCAAAAAAUGCAAGAUUGAAAAUAGAGAAAAUUCUUGUUGAGGUUAUAAGGGAGAAGAGAAGAGAGAUAGAAUUAGGAGAGGAGAAAGAAGGGAAAUUAGACGAGGCAUUACUUUCUCAGUUAGUGAAAGCGUUGAUUCGCGGUGAAGUAAGUGAAGAAGAGGUCGCUGAUAAUGUUGUUUUGCUAGUGUUUGCUGCACAUGAUACAACUUCUUUUGCCAUUGCUAUGACAUUUAGGAUGUUGGCUCAUCAUCCCACCUGCUAUUCACUUCUCAUUCAAGAACAUGCAAAUAUAAUGAAUAACAAAGGAUCAGAUGAGAUACUAUCGUUGGAAGACACAAAAAAGAUGAAAUACACAUGGCAAGUUGCUCGGGAAAGCAUGAGGCUGUUUCCUCCUAUAUUUGGUUCUUUCAGAAAAGCAAUUGCUGACAUUGAAUUUGAAGGAUUCACCAUUCCAAAAGGUUGGAAGGUAUUGUGGACAACAUACGGUACACAUUAUAGUCCAGAGUAUUUUAAAGAGCCCCAAAAUUUUGACCCAAGUAGAUUUGAGGAGCCUGUUCAACCAUAUGCAUUUGUACCAUUUGGAGGAGGGCCAAGGCUGUGUGCAGGGUACCAAUUGGCAAAGCUAAACAUUCUCAUAUUUGUUCAUUACGUUGUGACACGAUAUGAUUGGUCCUUAAUAAAUCCUGACGAACCAAUUGUCAUGGAUCCCCUUCCCUUCCCUUCCAAAGGAAUGCCCAUUAAAAUUUCUCCAAAGUUCUAAUGAAAUAUAACCUUGUUAUCACUGUAUUUGGCUGAUUUAUGUUGCAGGGCACUUGAUUCGUUA